CGGUACAUGAGGGUUCGUACUCCCUCAAGGCUCGAAUACUUUGAGAAACUCGUCGGCCUCUCUUCCCCGUGAUUCUAAACGGACGGGACUGACUGAGACGCAAUGUUAUUGGUACCACCCUGUACAAUUGCACUUAUCUGCCGGUCAAUUGCUUCCAUAAUACAUGGUAUUUUUAAGAGCCCGCUUGGUAAGCUCGCCGGUCCGGGACAAAGGUGUAGUCGCUGAUGCCGAAACGGCAACCCCCAGAGGUCCCAAUACCUCUUCCAAGCGGAGCCGCCGUUUCUAUUGGCAGCGGCGGGCGCCGUCAACACACCAACCGCUUUCGAUGCUGGGCCUGGGGAAGGGAAACGGCAUGGUGACUGCAUCGAGGCGUGGGCCGGCUAGUGUAGUCUGUAGAGCAAUGAAAAGAGGACUGCGGCGGCCCUUCAAGCUACACCACCAAGGUAAGGUAGCCAUCCAAUGGUCCAGGGCGAAAGGGGUGUCUUGUCCAACAAAUCUACAGGUGAGCACGUGUCGCCGCGGGGAACCACGAUCUCUCCUUGCUCCACUUACCGUUCUCUCUCGUGCUCAUGGAUCCUGGUGGUGGACUCGUGGUUCACUGGUGGGUGACUGGUCCAGUGGAUGAGAGCAAAUCUGCGAAUUGGCGAUGGCGAUGAUGACCUGCCUGUUCGCCUGCAGGGCUUAGCCGCCCACCACCAAGACCAACAGAAGCGAAACAAACAGCACAGCCACAAAGAAACAACAACUUUGUAUCUGUAAUGCAGGUGGACUAACACGUCGUUGGUGUCAUCAUCCAAGGGGUAUAGAAGCAUGGUGGAAGGCUUCGCCGAGACUAAACAUGUGCGGGAGGGAUAUCCGUAUGGU